AUUAGAGUGGUUGACAGGCCGAUGAGGCCGAAAGCGAUGAAAGUUGCGAUGGAGUUGGUUCGGGAAGGGCAAAUAUUUUGCAGCUCUAUUUUUUCGUCCCUGAUCGCACUAGCGCGGAACCUCAAUGUGGGAUUUCCCAAAAAGAAGCUUAAAUAAGUGACCAAAUUCCCACAUCACCGCAUCGCCACAUUUACUGUCUGCUAUUGUUGACUUCAAGGGUCGCAUUUCGAAUAACCCCUACUUCAGACAUCAUGUCUGCGACUCAACUGCUAAAUCCAAAGGCGGAAUCACGACGGAGAGGGGAAGCUUUGAGGGUCAACAUCAGCGCCGGCGAGGGGCUUCAAGAUGUCCUGAAAUCGAACCUUGGUCCAUCAGGGACUAUAAAGAUGUUGGUUGACGGGGCUGGUGCGAUCAAACUUACAAAGGAUGGGAACGUGCUUCUUCGAGAAAUGCAAAUUCAAAACCCUACAGCUGUCAUGAUUGCGCGCGCGGCUACGGCACAAGACGAUAUUACUGGAGAUGGCACAACAUCAGUGGUUCUACUUGUCGGGGAGUUGCUCAAGCAAGCUGAUCGAUAUCUAUCCGAAGGUUUGCACCCGCGUGUGCUGACGGACGGAUAUGAAAUUGCUAAAGCCGAAGCACUUAAGUUUCUUGACUCGUUCAAACUUCAGAGAGAAAUCGACAGGGAACUUCUCCUCUCCGUUGCCCGAACCUCCCUCUCCACGAAAUUGAACGGUGCCUUAGCCGAGAAGUUGACCCCUUCUAUUGUCGAUGCGGUGCUUGCCAUUCACAGGCCUCCUAAUAAACCUGAUCUUCAUAUGAUCGAAAUCAUGAAGAUGCAACAUCGGACCGCGUCAGAUACCCAACUCAUUCGAGGUCUAGCCUUGGACCAUGGAGCGCGUCACCCAGAUAUGCCAAAACGUGUCGAGAAUGCCUUUAUUUUGACGUUGAACGUUAGUCUGGAAUAUGAAAAGUCUGAAAUUAACUCCGGUUUCUAUUAUUCCACCGCUGAGCAAAGAGAUAAGCUGGUUGAAAGCGAAAGGAAAUUUGUGGACUCGAAGCUGCGCAAGAUUGUCGAACUGAAGAAACAAGUUUGCGGCGAUGAUCCAAAGAAAGGAUUCGUUGUUAUUAAUCAAAAGGGUAUCGAUCCUUUGAGCUUGGAUGUGCUUGUCAAGAACGGAAUACUUGCACUGCGUAGAGCAAAACGUCGAAAUAUGGAACGGUUGCAACUGGUAUGCGGUGGCACUGCGCAGAACAGCGUUGACGACCUUAAGCCUGAAGAUCUAGGGUGGGCAGGUCUAGUGUAUGAACAUCAGCUGGGUGAGGAGAAGUUCACAUUCGUUGAAGAGGUCAAGGAUCCGAAAUCCGUUACCAUCCUCAUCAAGGGUCCCAACCAGCACACGAUCACACAGAUCACCGAAGCUGUUCGGGAUGGUCUCCGCUCCGUCUAUAACACAAUAGUGGAUGGCUGCGUUGUUCCAGGAGCCGGUGCAUUCCAGGUCGCCUGCGCUGCUCAUCUUUCGUCCGAAGCGUUCAGGAGAACAGUCAAGGGCAAAGCCAAAUAUGGUGUUAGCGCUUUCGCUGACGCCCUUCUCAUUAUUCCCAAAACCCUCGCAGCGAACUCCGGUCACGAUAUUCAAGACUCGCUUGCGGCAUUGCAGGACGAACAGAGUGAAGGAAAUGUUGUCGGACUUAACCUCACGACAGGCGACCCGAUGGAUCCGGUCCAGGAAGGCGUAUUUGACUCCUUCAGGGUUCUGAGGAACUGCGUCGCCUCAAGUGCCGGUAUUGCGUCGAACCUCCUGCUUUGCGACGAACUUCUCAAGGCAAGACAGAUGUCAAGGUCCGGCGGUCCCGCUGGAAUGGAUGAGUAAUCUAGGGAUAUUAAGAAGGGCGGGAAUAGAUGCAUGAUAAAUAGCUGCUGUAUUCGCAUAGAUGCUCAUCAGUUACCUAGCUAGGUAUCUUAAAUAAUGCAAUGAACGAAAAGUUGUUAGUCAUGCUUACACUUCAUUUUCAAAAUGAAACCAAUCUCUGCGCUCACUACUUUCAAUAUGUAAGUUAAUAUAUUUUGCUUUACAACUUGAGUAUAGCGUUCACGUAAAAGACGAAAGAGUAUUCAUGAAAUUGGGG